CGUACCUAUUUCUACAAUACGCAUGAAGUUGCAUCGAUUCCUUCUCCCUCGGUUUCUUUCUCCUUCUCUCCAAUGGACCUAGGAACACAAAUCGGAACAGAGAUCAAAACUGAGCCAAGACAAGAAGAGAGACAUGUCUUUGAAGAAUACCCUGAACCUCUCAGAUACACCACAUGGGUUUUGAGAGUUUCUAUCCAUUGCGAAGGAUGCAAGAGAAAAAUCAAGAAAAUACUGAGCAAAAUAGAUGGUGUAUAUACAACGAACAUCGACGUGAAGCAGCAGAAAGUAACGGUGAUUGGAAACGUCGAGCCGGAGCUUCUGAUAAAGAAGAUCAUGAAAGCCGGUAGACACGCCGAGCUAUGGCCGACGUCAAUGGAGGGCAACAACAACGAUUGUAAUUACCAGGGAGAGAAGAAACAAAAGAAACCUAAAAACGAAGAUGACGAAAGCAGUGGAGAUGACGAAGACGACGAAAACAACAACAAUAACGGUGGCGUUAUUGAUGUUGGUACAUGCAUUGGCGGGCCUGGAGGUGGCGGCGGUGGCGGAGGAGGAGGUUGUGAUCAGGUUAAGCAAGUUGUGACGUUUGGAAUCAACGGUCAACCUCAACCUCCUUCUGGAGAUGGAGCUCCGAAAAAGAAGAAGAAAAAGAAAAAGAAGAAGAAGAGCUCAGGGAGCACGACGGUCGUGAUGGAAGGAGGCGGUGGUGGGGGUGGUGGUGCUCCGCCGCAGCAUGAUGGACCACCAGAGACUGUGAUAUACUCUGCUCCACCAGAUCAGUAUCAUCCUCAUCAUCAGCAGCAGCAUCCGUAUCCGAUGGCUCACAGUCCUCCACGUCAUCAUCAGCACCAAAUGUACGGUCCGCCGCCUCCUACGUAUUAUCACGCGCAGCCUCAAACGGCGCCGUCUUAUACGGUGAGCUACAACACGGCGCACGGCCCGAGUAACGGUGGGAAUGAGACGGCGUCGUAUUACGCGGCUCCUCCUCCCCGUCCGACGUCGUAUUAUUCGUAUGAGUACGUGGACACGGGCUACGAAUCUCCACCGCCCGAGUUUUAUUCGUAUAGAUCUCAGCCGUCGGAUUCGUUUGAGGCACUCAGCGAAGGCAAUCCAAACGCUUGUUGCGUCAUGUGAUUGGUUUAAGUUUUUAAAAAUCAAAUGACAUAAUGGCUUGAAAUGGCAUAUUGCUACUACCGGGGAAUUUUCGUAAACAAUUACCGAAGACAAUACCAGUAGUUAAAUUUUAAAUUUUAAACUUCUAUAUGAAAGGCUUGAAUAAAAGUUUGGGCACAAAACGAAUUUCUUAUACCUAGUAGAUUUUUUUGUUGUAAAUGAAAUAUGAAAACGUAGUUUAAUGAUAAAUCCGUUUUUUUAUACAGAUCUCUAAUUGAUGAUAUUACGAUUAGAAAACAAA